CGGUGUCGUUGUCGGUGUCGUUGUCCGUCUUGGGCUAAGCCUGGCUAGGGCAGGAUCGAGGACAGGGAUUCCCAGCUUCAGCCGGAUCUUCUUCUCCUCCACUGGCUCCUGCUCCGCUCAGACCACCUUGUUCAUCCCAGCUCAACUCACUCGGACCUGCUUCUUCUUGUCUUCUCGAGCUCCACUCGGACCCAAGUUCGGUCCCUCGGCGGGUCUCGAGCGCAACGCGCUUCGGGCGGCUCAGGACGGCUGUGCUCUCUUCCCCGACUGGUUCCGUCUGCUGGCAAGGCGCGCUGCUGUAUAACGAGGUAAAGUGCUCCACACGAGGCCUCGGAGUCUCCCUCGGGCUCCGGAGCAGAUUCCACCCCCCACCCCCGGCUCCCCAGUGCCCGGUGCUGUGGUCAGCGCAGCGCGGUCAGGAUGAACUGGGCGUUCCUCCAGGGGCUCCUCAGCGGAGUCAACAAAUACUCCACGGCAUUCGGCCGCGUGUGGCUCUCCGUCGUCUUCCUCUUCCGCCUCAUGGUGUUCGUGGUGGCGGCCGAGAAGGUGUGGGGCGACGAGCAGAAGGACUUCCACUGCAACACGGCACAGCCAGGCUGCCACAACGUCUGCUACGACCACUUCUUCCCCAUCUCCCACGUGCGCCUCUGGGCCUUGCAGCUCAUCUUCGUGACGUGCCCCUCGCUGCUGGUCGUCCUGCACGUGGCCUACCGAGAGGACCGCGAGCGCAAGUACCAGGCCAAGCACGGCAAGGGCUGCGGGCGCCUCUACACCAACACGGGCAAGAAGCGCGGUGGCCUGUGGUGGACUUACGUCCUCACUCUGAUCUUCAAGAUGGGGGUGGACGCCGCGUUCGUCUUCCUCGUAUACCACCUGUAUGAGGGCUACGACUUCCCGUCCCUCGUCAAGUGCUCCGAGGACCCGUGCCCCAACGUCGUGGACUGCUUCAUCGCGCGACCCACGGAGAAGCGCAUCUUCACGAUCUUCAUGGUGGCCACCAGCCUGCUGUGCGUGUUGCUCUCCAUGCUGGAGAUUGUGUACCUGGUGGGCAAGCGCUGCUUCGAGUGCCUCGUCGCCCCUCACCGCUCGCGCCAGCUCGCCAUGGCGACCUCGCUGGUCAGCAAGGAUGUGGAGAGCCGCCCGCUGCGCGUGGCUGACCCCGCCCCCGCCUACAAUGUCUCUCUCUCCUGAAGACAAGGCCAGAGUCUUCCUGUCCUUCGAGAGGAGACAGAGGAUGUGUUGUGGCUUUUUCGCUCAGGAUCUCUGCAGACAGACUCAGGAAGAGUUUCCCGCAGAGGGGCAGGCAGAAGACGACCUUGAAAAAAUGAAAAAAAUUGAGUUUUCAAUGAAAUCAGUGGUAGUCAUAAAACACGAAUAAAGGUUGUACAUUUUUCUCCUUAGCAAAUGAUAUAAAUGCACCUGCUUUUAAGUCGCAUUUUAAAAUAUGCAGAGAAUUUUAACAUAUUUUUAAGAUUUAUUGUUUUCCACAAACAUUUCUUUCAGCUCAGCAAAAUAAACAGUAUUUUUUUCUGUAUGGAACAUCCCUGACAGGGACAUGUGGGCUUCUCUGCUCUACCACCACUAUCCUAGAAGGACAAGCGGUCAAGAAGAUGGAUGGAUGGAUGGAACAUGGAAUAAAAAUCACUCCAAGGUGUUACUAAAAGUGCACUGGGAGCUGGUUGCAGCUGGUUGGCAGCACAAGUGCCAAAACAAGAGCAAAUUUUAAUUCUCCUUCUACUUGACCCUGUUGGCUAUAUUUUUGUUAGUUUUGUCCGUUUAUCUCGUCAGGGUCGUGGGGGUCCGGAGCCUAUCCCAGGAAUACUGGGCACUAGGCUUGGAGGAGCACCCAAGCCCCCCGGACAGGACACCAAUCCAUUGCAGGCUACCUUUUCGUAUGCUUGGAAGAUAUGAGUAUGACCGUUAAUCGGACCAAUAAUACGGAGGAAUAUAAGAUGAGGGUGAUGAUGAAAUUCAGCUGAGGACUGUUGAAAACACUAAUUAAUGUGCCAGCACUUAUUCCCCAAGUGGGACAAUACAACAAAGUACUUUUCAGGGCGUAUGUGCAGUGUGUGGUUCACAGUCAGCAAAGGAUGACUACUCCCAGACUGGACUGACCGGUACUUCUGCUUUGAUACGCCAGCAUCCAGCAUAACGGAUUGGCACAAAACGUGUGCGUGCAUGUUUCAGCGGUGGAACAUGUUCACACUAUGGCGAGGGACAGUCAGAUUUCUGUCUCGACAGGGUUACGUCUCCACAGGGCUAAGCUUCUCGCUGGACCGCUCCUGUGGGUGUGGUGUGUGGCCUGCGGGAGUAACACUGGUCUUCUGCCAGCCGUCCUUCUCAGGGUGUAUGAACUCGAGUUUCUCAGAGGUCCUCACACACGCAGCUCGUUUGCUGGGAGUGGCUGCUUGUUUCAUGUGUCCUUCUUUGCCAACAGUUCAUGUGUUUACAUCGCUUCUUACAGUCUUACUGAAGGAAACUGUUACACAGACACACACACACACACACACAUACACACAGGCUGCUACUAAAUAUACUGGCAAACAUGUCUCACGUCUUCUCAUGAAAGUGUGUUUUUUGAAUACAUAACAUGAACUUUGUGUGGAAAAUGUUCUUUUCUUCAAUCAGUGUCCAGCUAGAUUGUGUUCAGAUGCUGUGGCUUUCUGCUAUUGUCUGGCUUGUUUACAGUUUCACAAAAGCAAUUAAAUAUGCAUAUAACUUGUAUAAAGACUCAAUAAAAAGAACAUUCCUACAGAAGGUUCUUGGCUCUCUUUUAAUUU